AUGCCAACCGUGAAAAUCGAAGAGGAUUCCGAAGAUGCCGGAAGCAUUUUUCCUGAUGAAAUGAAGGGUUGGCUGAAUCACCGUCGUAAGCCUGGUCGCGGACAUCAUCGUCAACAAGUCGGACCGUUCCUGAAGGACGAGUCUCUCCGACUGGAGGAGAAGAUGGCAGCCAUGGAGCAGCAAUUUGAGAUGAGAAUCUCUGCUCUCGAGCGACACAUUGACGGACUGAAGAAGGCCCUGCAGUAG